AUGGUCUCAGAAGACAUCCAAGCUCGGAUUGGACCAGCCAUUGUUGAUUACUCCGAAAAUGGCGCCUUUCCGGAGGAGGAGACUCUUGCUGCAGCUUCUGUCGGGGAUUCUGUCUUGCCAGCGGCUCUGAAGGCAUUGAAUGAUGCGAAACUAGACCUGGAGACAGAGAUCCGUAACGUCAGCCGAGAAACUAUCCCAGAUGUCGAAUCAUGGAUGACCAACGCCAGAGCCGUUCAAGAAGACAUCGAAAGAUCGAGGAGACUGGCAACAGAAAUUGUUCGAGAAGCCGAAGCUGAUGAGGGCAGACUUGAAUAUUUGGAGGACCGAAAGGCACACGUGGAAUUUUUGGAGAAGGAGCUAUUAUUUAAUCAGCACCUUGGUGAAGCAUUACAACGCAUACAGCAGGUCAACGACACUCUGGACAGAGCGGAGCGUGUUGCGGGCGAGAAAAAUAUUUUGGAGGCUCUCGGAUUAUUGGCAGAGGCGUGGGAGGUCCUGGACAAAAUUCCUGUUGAGAGAACAGCUCGCGCUAUUCGGUUGCUUGUUGACCGAAGCUUCGACUUGCGAAGCUUUAUCCGCGAGCAGUUGGCGGAUAUUUGGGCAAACUUAGUUCAUUGGGUCAACCAUGAUACACAAAGUCUUACCAUUAGGGAGGUGGUCAAUGGUGACGCGACGAAUAUCGGGGAGGCAAUUACCUCAUGGAAAUCAUUUAAAGAACUUGAUACAAUUGCGAAGCAAUUCUGGGAGGAUCUGGACGUUCGAAUAUUAACACCGCGGAUUGAUAUUCGAGCGCGGGCUCCGUCCUCUAUCCUGAUCCAAGAUAACACACUUAGCAUCGGACAAGCCCAGGCAGACACCUCAGUAAAAUCCUUGUUCCAAGAUCUCGAAAACAUUGUUCGAUUUCUUGUCCAAUACCUACCCAACGAAUUCGUAAAAUCUUUGUCAAGCGUGAUGAUGCCGAUUUUAUUCACACGUAUAAAAGAACAGUGGCUGGAUUCCGCUGUCCCGUCAUCGUUGGAUGAUAUGGGCGAGUAUCAAAAGACCUUGGUCCAGGUGCACGACUUUGCUGCGAUACUCGAAUCGCUGGAUUGGCCUGCGGCGGACGGCUUUUACGAUUGGGUUUCAAAUGCACACAGGAUUUGGCUCGUCAAGAGGAAAGAGACUACUCUGGAUUGGACUCGAAAUCAACUAGCACUAGGUCUUGGUGCUCCAUUGCUUGCGCAGCAUUCCGAAAAGAAGAUGGUCGCCCGAGAUGAAGGCGUAGACAUUGCCCAGACUGGAACAGUGGAAGUUUCAGACUGGGAUGCCGGUUGGGAGAGUGAUGAGAAGGACGAGUCAGAAAUCCCUUCUGGAAUGAAUCGUGCCUCUGUCGAAGAAGAACGUAGGGCAUCUGAAACCUACAUUCCGCAGCUUAGUUCUAUCUCGAGCCCGGCAGACCUUGAUGAUGAUGCAGCCGAUGCUUGGGGCUGGGGAGAUGAUGAUAUAGCAGACGAGCCUGUCGCAGAACCCAACCCAGCCGAAGAGAAGCAACCUUCGAAAAAUGAGGGAACUACUCCCGAGAUGCGGGAGGUUACUCUAUCCGAACCUUACUGGACGUCUUCCAUACCCAAACCGGUGUUCGAUACUAUCAAUGUCAUAUACCAUGACGGCGCAGAACUCACAAAGCCGGAGAACGAGCAAAUACCCGUUGCUCCUGCAGCCGCUGGUCUGUUCAGUCUUCCAACGCAGGUGCUUGCCAUGUACCGCUCUAUUUCACCAUAUUACUAUUCCCAAGAUGCAAGCGGUAACAUGUACGCCUAUAAUGAUAGCAUAUGGCUCUGCGAUAAGCUGAGAGAGUUCGCUGCAUCAUGGGAAAGUCGAGAAGACCUAGCACCCCGCGCUCGCGGCCUGGUAAAGUUGAAUCCCGAUAUCGAAAAACUGGCGAGCUUUGGCAAACGAGCAUACACGAACGAACUAACAUCCCAACGAACUAUCAUCAAUGAUUUUCUAGGCGGGGCGCGAAGUUUUCUGGAAGACUCUACAAGAGAUGAGCUGGAGCAGGGAAUCGAAACAGUCAUCCUACAUAUCCGAAAAACGUCUGAAAUGUGGAAAAAGAUCCUCUCCUACUCUGCUUGGGCCUCAGCCGUCGGCUCCCUCGUCAACACUGUUGCCAAAAAGAUUAUUUCCGGUGUCUUCGAUCGUGAUAAUCUUGGAGUCGAGGAAGCCAACCUCGUCGCUGAGCUCAUCGUCAAAGUUACCCAACUCGACGAUCUCUUCAUUCCCGAAUCACCGCCCUCCAAUGGUUCGGGCGCCAGAAACGGCUCGCGGAAAGGUAGUGUAGACACUACCGGUAUGGCCUUGGGGAGUGCUCCUCUGACCGCCAGGUUCGCGGAUAAGUGGUGGAAGAUGCAGUACCUAGGUGAAGUGCUGCAGAGUAAUCUGGCAAACAUCAGAUUUCUGUGGUUUGAAACGGGCCUCAGCUUGGAGUUUACUAAGGAGGAGGUGAUUGAUCUGAUUCUGUUAAGCUUUGAAAACAAUGCACAGGUUAGGGGGCUUAUUAAAGAGAUCAAAGAAAGUGAGGUCAAGGAGGUCGAUGAAUAG